CCGGUUGCUCCGGAAGUGGAGGGAGGGGGUGAAAAUGGCGCCCAGCUCGAAAUCGGAGCGGAACAGCGGGGCCGGGAGCGGCGGCGGCGGCCCCGGGGGCGCCGGGGGGAAGCGGGCAGCAGGGCGGCGGCGGGAGCAUGUCCUCAAGCAGCUGGAGCGGGUCAAGAUCAGCGGGCAGCUCUCCCCUCGCCUCUUCCGGAAGCUGCCACCCCGGGUCUGCGUGUCCCUCAAGAACAUCGUGGAUGAGGACUUUCUCUACGCAGGACACAUCUUCCUGGGCUUCUCCAAGUGCGGCCGCUACGUCCUCUCCUACACCAGCAGCAGCGGGGACGACGACUUCUCCUUCUAUAUCUACCACCUGUACUGGUGGGAGUUCAACGUCCACAGCAAGCUCAAGCUGGUCCGGCAGGUCCGGCUCUUCCAGGACGAGGAGAUCUACAGUGACCUGUACCUAACAGUGUGUGAGUGGCCCAGUGACGCCUCCAAGGUCAUCGUCUUUGGCUUCAACACGCGCUCGGCCAAUGGGAUGCUCAUGAACAUGAUGAUGAUGAGCGACGAGAACCACCGCGACAUCUACAUCAGCACUGUGGCCGUGCCGCCACCGGGCCGCUGUGCCGCCUGCCAGGAUGCCAGCCGGGCCCACCCAGGCGACCCGAGCGCACAGUGCCUACGGCACGGCUUCAUGCUGCACACCAAGUACCAGGUGGUCUACCCCUUCCCCACCUUCCAGCCCGCCUUCCAGCUCAAGAAGGACCAGGUGGUGCUACUCAACACCAGCUACUCCCUGGUGGCCUGCGCCGUCUCGGUCCACUCGGCAGGCGAUAGCAGCUUCUGCCAAAUCCUGUAUGACCACACCACCUGUCCCCCGGCACCCCCCAGCCCGCCUGAGCCCCAGAGCCCAGAGCCGCCCCCCACUCUCCCCAGCCUCUGCCCCGAGGUGGCCCCAGCCCAGCCCUCUGGGGCCCCUGAGCCCUCCCCCGCGAUCGCCAAAGCCAAGGAGUUCGUGGCUGACAUCUUCCGCAGGGCCAAAGAGGCCAAGGGCGGGGCCUCCGAGGAAGCCAGGCCACCCGCCUGCCCAGGGCCCUCAGGCAGCUGCUGCUCUGCGCCCCCUGAGCCCCUGGCCCCGUGCGGGGAGGCAGCGCCCCAGGACAGCCCCCCUGCAGCGGAGGCCCCCGCGCCCGAGCCCGGCUACGUCAACUACACCAAGCUGUACUACGUGCUGGAGUCCGGAGAAGGGACAGAGCCAGAGGACGAGUUCGAGGAUGACAAGAUCUCCCUGCCCUUCGUGGUGACCGAUCUUCGUGGCCGCAACCUGCGGCCCAUGCGGGAGCGGACGGCUGUCCAGAGCCAGUACCUCACAGUGGAACAGCUCACGCUGGACUUCGAGUAUGUCAUCAACGAGGUCAUCCGCCACGACGCCACCUGGGGCCACCAGUUCUGCUCUUUCAGCGACUAUGACAUAGUGAUUCUCGAGGUCUGCCCGGAAACCAACCAGGUCCUCAUCAACAUCGGCCUGCUGCUGCUUGCGUUCCCAUCCCCCACCGAGGAGGGCCAGCCCCGACCAAAGACCUAUCACACCAGCCUCAAGGUGGCAUGGGACCUCAACACAGGCAUCUUCGAGACAGUCAGCGUGGGCGACCUCACUGAGGUCAAAGGGCAGACCAGCGGCAGUGUCUGGAGCUCCUACCGCAAGAGCUGCGUGGACAUGGUCAUGAAGUGGCUGGUGCCCGAGAGCAGCGGCCGCUACGUCAACAGGAUGACCAACGAGGCCCUGCACAAAGGGUGCUCACUAAAGGUUCUGGCGGACAGCGAGCGAUACACCUGGAUUGUGCUGUGAGGGCCCGGCCGCCCUGGACACUGACUCCAACUACCUCCGCGGCCGGGAGCUGGCCGCCCCGGGCUGGCCUCUUCCUGGCUGGCGACCUCGACCGGCACUAGUGUUAGGCUGUGGGAAGGGCGCUGGGCGGGGCAGCCCCUGGCGGCCUGAGAGUCUGGACGCUUUCUAUUUAUGCCUAUUUAAGUUGGGAAGGGGCAGAGGGAGGGAGCCCCCUGCCCCAGCGGCCUCGAGCACCCCACCGUUGCCCCGAGCUGGGCAUGGGCCCGGGCCCCUUGUGCAUUCGCCCCUUUCCCCAGCUACAGGUGUGGACAUUGCCCCGGCCGAGGCCGAGAGCUCCCGUUCCUCAUCUGCCCGCCCCCAGGUGGCCAUCCCCACUUCCUUCCUCUUCGUGUAAUAAAUGUUUAAUUUCUGAACCUC